CGCCCGGGCUGGGGCUGCGGGCGUCGGCUGGGCUGGGGGGACCUGCGGUUGCGGGGUGGGCGCCAUGGCGGUGGAGACGCUGUCCCCGGACUGGGAGUUCGACCGCGUGGACGACGGCUCUCAGAAAAUCCAUGCGGAGGUCCAGCUCAAGAAUUACGGGAAAUUCCUUGAGGAGUACACGUCGCAGUUGAGUAGAAUUGAGGAUGCUCUGGAUGAUUCCAUUGGAGAUGUUUGGGAUUUCAAUCUUGAUCCUAUAGCAUUAAAGCUUUUGCCUUAUGAACAGUCUUCCCUUUUGGAACUUAUAAAGACAGAAAACAAGGUCUUAAACAAGGUCAUCACUGUUUAUGCUGCACUUUGUUGUGAAAUCAAGAAAUUAAAAUAUGAGGCAGAAACAAAAUUUUAUAAUGGCCUCUUGUUCUAUGGAGAAGGAGCUACCGAUUCCAGCAUGGUAGAAGGUGACUGCCAAAUUCAGAUGGGUAGAUUUAUUUCAUUCUUACAGGAACUGUCUUGUUUUGUUACGAGGUGCUAUGAAGUGGUGAUGAAUGUAGUCCAUCAGUUGGCUGCCCUCUAUAUCAGUAACAAAAUUGCACCCAAAAUUAUAGAGACAACUGGAGUUCAUUUUCAGACUAUGUAUGAGCAUUUGGGAGAAUUGCUAACAGUUUUGCUCACCCUGGAUGAAAUUAUUGAUAAUCAUGUCACAUUGAAAGACCACUGGACUAUGUACAAAAGGUUACUAAAAUCUGUUCAUCACAAUCCUUCGAAAUUUGGGAUUCAGGAAGAAAAACUAAAGCCAUUUGAAAAAUUUUUGCUGAAGUUAGAAGGGCAGUUAUUGGAUGGAAUGAUAUUUCAGGCCUGUAUAGAACAACAAUUUGAUUCUCUCAAUGGAGGAGUAUCCGUGUCCAAAAAUAGCACUUUUGCUGAAGAAUUUGCACAUAGUAUUCGUUCAAUUUUUGCAAAUGUAGAAGCCAAACUUGGAGAACCUUCUGAAAUUGACCAAAGAGAUAAGUACGUUGGAAUUUGUGGACUCUUUGUACUGCACUUUCAAAUUUUUCGAACUGUUGAUAAGAAGUUCUAUAAGUCUUUAUUGGACAUUUGUAAGAAGGUACCAGCCAUCACUUUGACUGCUAAUAUCAUUUGGUUUCCUGAUAAUUUUUUGAUCCAGAAAGUACCAGCAGCUGCCAAACUUCUAGACAGAAAAAGUCUUCAAGCCAUUAAAGUACACAGAGAUACUUUCCUACAACAGAAAGCUCACUCCCUUACCAAAGACGUGCAGUCCUAUUACAUCUUUGUGAGCUCGUGGAUGAUGAAAAUGGAGUCUAUCUUGUCUAAAGAGCAGAGAAUGGAUAAAUUCGCCGAAGACCUUACCAACCGAUGCAAUGUUUUUAUACAGGGCUUCUUAUAUGCAUAUAGUAUUAGUACCAUUAUUAAAACCACGAUGAAUCUCUACAUGUCCAUGCAGAAACCGAUGACUAAAACCUCAGUUAAAGCGCUGUGCAGGCUUGUUGAGCUUCUCAAGGCCAUUGAGCAUAUGUUCUACAGGAGAAGCAUGGUUGUGGCUGACUCCGUUUCACAUAUUACACAGCACCUUCAGCAUCAGGCUCUUCAUUCUAUUUCCGUGGCCAAGAAAAGAGUAAUUUCUGACAAAAAAUAUAGUGAACAGCGGCUUGAUGUGCUCUCUGCUCUAGUUCUGGCUGAAAACACUCUGAAUGGGCCCAGCACGAGGCAGCGGCGACUUAUCGUUUCUUUGGCACUAAGUGUUGGGACGCAAAUGAAAACAUUCAAAGAUGAAGAACUCCUUCCACUUCAGGUAGUCAUGAAAAAACUGGAUCUCAUCAGUGAACUUAGAGAAAGAGUCCAAAUCCAAUGUGACUGUUGUUUUCUCUACUGGCAUCGAGCUGUCUUCCCAAUUUAUUUAGAUGAUGUGUAUGAAAAUGCUGUUGAUGCAGCCAGGUUGCAUUACAUGUUCAGUGCUUUACGGGAUUGUGUGCCUGCUAUGAUGCAUGCAAGGCAUUUGGCGUCCUAUGAAAUACUCCUGGAUUGUUACGACAAGGAAAUUAUGGAAAUUUUAAAUGAGCAUUUGUUGGACAAGUUAUGCAAAGAAAUCGAGAAAGAUCUGCGACUUUCUGUACACACUCACCUCAAGUUGGACGACCGAAACCCCUUCAAAGUGGGCAUGAAAGACCUGGCUCUUUUUUUCUCUCUGAAUCCGAUUCGGUUUUUCAAUCGAUUCAUUGACAUUCGAGCUUAUGUGACUCAUUACCUGGACAAGACUUUCUACAAUUUAACUACAGUAGCUCUUCAUGAUUGGGCCACUUACAGUGAAAUGAGAAAUUUAGCUACUCAGCGGUAUGGAUUGGUCAUGACAGAGGCACACCUUCCUAGCCAGACUUUGGAACAGGGCCUGGAUGUUUUGGAAAUCAUGAGAAACAUUCAUAUAUUUGUAUCUAGAUACCUCUAUAAUCUCAACAACCAGAUUUUCAUUGAACGAACAAGCAAUAACAAACACUUGAAUACUAUCAAUAUUCGGCAUAUUGCUAAUUCAAUUAGAACACAUGGCACAGGAAUCAUGAACACAACAGUUAAUUUCACCUACCAGUUUUUGAAAAAGAAGUUCUAUAUAUUCAGCCAAUUUAUGUAUGAUGAGCAUAUCAAAUCUAGACUGAUUAAAGAUAUUCGGUUUUUCCGGGAAAUCAAGGACCAAAAUGAUCACAAGUAUCCUUUUGAAAGAGCAGAAAAAUUCAACCGAGGCAUCAGAAAACUUGGAAUAACCCCAGAGGGACAGAGCUACCUUGAUCAGUUCAGGCAGCUCAUCAGCCAAAUUGGUAAUGCUAUGGGCUACGUACGAAUGAUAAGAUCUGGAGGUCUUCAUUGCAGCAGCAAUGCCAUUAGAUUUGUUCCUGAUCUUGAAGAUAUUGUAAAUUUUGAAGAACUUGUAAAAGAAGAAGGUCUUGCAGAAGAAACAUUAAAAGCAGCAAGGCAUUUAGAUUCAGUCCUCAGUGAUCACACUCGGAAUUCUGCAGAAGGUACAGAGUAUUUCAAAAUGCUUGUAGAUGUUUUUGCACCAGAAUUUCGAAGGCCAAAGAAUAUUCAUCUCCGAAACUUCUAUAUCAUCGUUCCCCCUCUGACCCUCAACUUUGUAGAGCAUUCCAUUAGUUGUAAGGAGAAAUUGAAUAAAAAAAAUAAAAUUGGAGCCGCUUUCACUGACGACGGCUUUGCCAUGGGUGUGGCUUACAUUCUGAAACUUCUGGAUCAGUACCAGGAAUUUGACUCCCUUCACUGGUUCCAGUCUGUGCAAGAGAAGUACCUGAAGGAGAUGAGAGCAGUCGCCAAGCAACAGAACGUGCAGUCGGCUGGUCAGGAUGAGAAGCUGCUGCAAACCAUGAAUCUUACUCAGAAACGUCUAAAUGUGUAUCUGCAGGAAUUUGAGUUGCUCUAUUUCUCACUGAGCAGUGCAAGAAUUUUCUUCAGAGCUGACAAGACGGCAGCUGAAGAAAACCAGGAGAAGAAAGAGAAGGAAGAAGACGCUAAAGCCAGUGAUGGAGCCCUGCCAGACAACGCAGUGGCUGUGGAUCCUGUGGUCAAAUGAUACUGAAGGGCAGGGGCAACCCUGUGAACCCAUCAGCACUCCGUCAUGUCACUACCAGUGCAGUGGAGGAAGUGUUUCCUGGGCUACAUCGCUGGCAGUCUUUGGAUGCUGCAGCUCUUUAAAGACAGUGCUCUACAGUUAAGUCCAUUCUUCUGAAGUUCUAGUUUUCAGAAGUUGAGAAUGAGAUUUUUUCUUUUUUUUUAACCUGGUAUUUUUGCCUGGAUUUUAGGCUGGAAACGAUGUGCCUACAGUUCCUCGCAGUGAAAUUGUGAAGUUGUGGCAAAUCCAAAUCCCUAGACUGCCACCUCCUAUUGCUUGUUGUCUUGUGAAUGUUUGUAAUUUGUAUUUAAUAGGUCUUCGAUCCGUAUUUGUCUCUGUCAUUGGAAAUUCAGUGCAUAUACUAUGUUCAGCUAGUAAAUACGUUUUUAAAAAUUUUUGGUGGUGCUGGGUAGUAAAUACAUUUUAAACAAAAGGAAUUGAGCCUGAAAUUCAUGAGGCAUAUGUAUCAAUAUUCUUAUGAAAGGAAUCUGUAUGAAUAUGGUUUUGAUACUAGAGGUGAGACCCAAGUCUGUUAUGUCCCUUUAUAUACAGUAUAAGCUGAUUCUUUGUUAAUUUCAUGUGACUCACAUAAGCUGCUGAUGUCUUUCAGGAGACAUUUUAUAACUAGUUUACAUUGCUUUGAAACAUUAACCUCCAGCAACUGCUUUCAGUGUAAGACUUAAUACGCAAUAUGAAAGGAAACUCAGAUAAAGCCAUAGAGUCAUCUGAAGAGUCCCCUUUUGGUUGAAGGCACUAUAUAUGAUAACAGAGGAAAUGGAAUGAAUUAUUAUUUCUACAUCUAAACUCAGGUUUUUGUCUACAUUAGGUUGAAUUGAAAUCCUGGUGAUAAUUUGAAAAGACCUUUUUCUUUAAACCAAGUAUAAUCUAAGACAUCAGAUAAGCACUGUGCGGGCUUUUGAAAAAUAUAUAUAUAUAUGUAUACUGAACUACUCAAAAAUUUCUCAGUAACUGAUCUAAUAGUACUUCAUUGUCACAGUGGUAGAUUCUGAUAUCUACACAAUGAAGUUCUGUUAGAUCAGUUACUGAUUGAAAAAGUACAGAUUUUUGAGUAGUUCAGUUCCUGUUAAACUACUAGCUUUAUUUUUGUAAAGGUUCUAUCACGUCGUAGUUAAUGGUUCAUGAAGACCUCCAGUCUUUAAUGUCUACAGGGAUGCCUUUACAAUGAAGGAGAGAAAGUGAGUCUAACAGGACAUGCAUUGCUAACACCCUUGGGGGAGUACUUGAUUAUUCUGAUUGCUAUUGCCUACUAAGAACAGACUUGUCUGGGUAAAUCUCACAAAUCACCCUCACAUUGCUGCCGGGGUUCCAGCGCUGCAGCAGGAAUCCAGUGACCCCCCCACCUCCUGCAGUCACUGUGACCAGAGAAACUUUCCCACCCCAAGGGAAAUACUUCUACUCUUUGUAGUCAGAAGAAACAGAACUCGGUAGGAAAUGUUUCUCAUUUAUUACGUAGACAUGGCUUAACGGAAUUACGAACAUCGAUGGAUUAAGGUUUGUAGUAUUUGUAAUUCAUGCUGACUGUAGAAAUGGCCCUAAAGCAUGCUGCAUUAAUUCAUAAUUUAUAUUUCCAUUGCUGUAAAUCUUUAUAUUAAUGCUCUUGCAUUUGAUGGUGUCGAAUUUGUCACCAUUUCCUAGAAAUUGUUUUUCUUUGACUUCCCUAAGAAUUUCAUCUCUCAAUAGGGAUAAAAAUGUAACUAGAAAAGAAUCAGAUGUUUCUGUUUAUUAGCCCCACAUGUCAGUUAUUUUAUCUCCACAUGGAUGGAAUUCUCAUUCUCAAGAAGAAAGUGACAGAUCAUUAUUUUGCUUUUAGUUCAAAUAAAGUUAUUGUAGUUUGAAUAAUGGUAGUAAAUCGAUACAUUUGAAACAUAAAAUCUCUAAAAAGAUAAUGCAUAUUUAAAGCUAUUAACAGAAUAAUAGGGCUUGAGUGUAUUUAUACCUAACAUAAUAGACACAUUUGGAUGAUGGUUUUUCCUUGAUAACAUGUUAAUGUUAACAUUUAAUUUUUUUCAUAAUACUGUAAUUUAAAAUUAGUGAGCAUCCUUUGAAAAUUCACAGAAAGCUUAAUAUGUGCAAAUUCUCAGGAAUUAAAGAGUAAUCAUAACAUUGUUCUAAUUACAUUUUGUAAGAGAUGGCAACUUUGUUAUUGACUUGAGUGGGGCUUCCUGGGCCCCAGUUCUAAAGAAUACAAUAUAUAAUAAAAUAUUAAUAAAUAUAAUUUCAAAAUAUA